GCAGGACGGACGCGUAUGCUACGUUCGCUACGAAAUAUUACACGCCUCAAAAACUAACCUUCGCGAACGUAAACGUUACAUAAAUAUAUUAACGUGUGACCAUUUUACAAAAAAAAAAUGUGACGUAACAUAAAUUUAGAUUGGUGCGAACUUUUAGUGAAUAUAUUAUUUUAUAGCUCAGUGAAUGCAUGUGCGUGUGUGUAUAAGACUUGCGAAGUGUGCGUGAGUGGUAAAUAAUGUGGAAUAGAUGAUAAGUGGUGAGGAAGAUGGCGAUGGUUAUAUCUCACACUACUAAGGCGGCGAUCGGUGGCUUCCUGGCUCUGAUGAUACUGGGCGCGGUGCUGGUGGUCGGAGCGGCGUUAGGAUGGUUCGACCCGAAGAGGGAAGAUGAAGACACGCCUGCGAAGAUCAGCGCACGGCUGCAAGGAAGGACGUCGUUUGUCACCCAUAGAGCUGUGAAUCCAGAUGAAAACCGAUUACCCAUUACAUCCCACUCCUCGCCAUUUGUUCACAAAGGAGAUAAAGGUGAUACUAGAUUAUCCGACGUGGACGGAGAUGUGGGUUCUUCCGGUGAUACAAAACUGGACCGAGCGAACAACGUUCAAAUGUCAUCGCAAUGCAAAUGUACUAUCAACGACUUAUCGCAAAUGCUUGCUACGAUUCCAAGUAUUAGAGGCCCGCCAGGCCCUCAGGGCCCUACUGGUGCUGACGGUACCACUGGGGUUCCAGGAAAAACGGGUCAAAUGGGAGAACAAGGACCCCCUGGUCCAGCUGGAGUAAAAGGCGAUAGGGGAGAGCCAGGAGAAUCUGGUACACCAGGUAUUGAAGGACAACCAGGACCUAAGGGUGAGCCGGGAGCUGAUGGAACCCCGGGUCUGCAAGGACCUGCAGGACCUCCAGGGCCUCCUGGUGCCGUCGUUCCACCAUUAUUGGAAUCAACGGGAUUAUACGGUGCCGGGGGCGUCACUGGACCCCCAGGUGAUAGAGGUCCGAUGGGUCUCCCGGGCCCGCAAGGCGAAAGGGGCUACCCGGGCAAUAAAGGAGAGAAGGGAUUACAUGGAUCCAAAGGCGACAAAGGGGAACGGGGUUAUACGGGGGCGAGAGGCCCACACGGUGCUAAGGGUGAGCGAGGGCAGCCCGGCAAGGACGGCCUGCCGGGCCUCCCGGGCCCCCACGGGCGCCCCGCAGAAAAAGGCGAGAAAGGCGCUCGUGGUCUGCCGGGUCCCCCUGGGCCUCCUUUACCAGCUGUGUCUGAGAACUCCGUUUUAGGAGAUAUCGCGCGAUCAGGGCCGCGGGACGUCGCUAAGCUCAAGGGCGAUAAGGGAGACCGAGGCGAGAAGGGUGAAAAGGGGACGCGUGGUAUAGAAGGACCGCAAGGAUUUCCGGGGACUGAUGGCAAACCAGGAGAGCGGGGGGAUAUUGGACCAUCAGGUCUACCUGGCACUCAGGGCUCACCAGGGUUAUCGGGACCAAAAGGUGAUAAAGGAGAUUCAGGACCACCAGGCCCUGUCGCAAUAUCGCGUGAUGAAGCUGUUAUAAUGACGAAGGGUGACAAAGGUGAACCGGGCCCUCGAGGGAAGCGAGGGCACCCGGGAGCUCCAGGGCCACGGGGCCCUCCAGGCUUACCAGGGCCCCCCGGAGUUCCGGGGACAAAUGGUCUAUCCGGCGACAUUGGUCUCCCGGGUUGGACAGGUCCGCCCGGGAUCGCGGGACCGCCGGGCGUGCAAGGCCUGAAAGGUGAAAAGGGGGAACCGGGCAUCGCUUUAGCGGACCUCGAAAAGAUCAAAGGUGAAAAAGGCGAUCGAGGAUCAGAUGGCACCCCUGGGGGCCCAGGAAAAGAUGGGCCUCGAGGGCCUCCCGGGCCCCCGGGGCCUACAAGCCCUAACGUGCAGUACGUGCCAGUGCCCGGGCCGCCCGGUCCCCCCGGUCCUCCGGGUAAUGUUAACGAGCAUGUGGACACUUUGACGGAUAGCCCGGGAAUCAAUCGACUUGAAACCGCCUCCGGUAAACCAAGGGACCCGUUGCAAAUACUGCGGAGCAUUAAUCACUUCAUGCAAUUUCGACAAGGACAGUAUCGUCUUGCAGAGCCACUAGAUGUAGUGAAUGAAAAUGGAGACUACGAUGACGAAGAAGAUGGCAAAACAAUUAUAGGCACUAUUUUAUUUAAAAACACAGAUUCUUUACUACGACUCGGGGCGAAAAAUCCUCGAGGGACACUGGCGUAUGUUAUUCAAGAACAGGCACUGUUGAUCCGUGUCAAUAAUGGAUGGCAGUAUGUUUCCAUGGGCUCCCUGUUGGCGGUACACAAUUUAUCUGGCAACGGGCCCACUCGCACGCCUCUCCAGAACAUUCUGGGUACAUCCAGUUUGGUGCAUCAGAAGAAUUCCUUAGGGGAAGGCCCGGUGCUCCGUCUAGCUGCUCUGAACGAGCCCCAUACGGGAGACAUGCACGGAGUCAGCAGUACCAAUUACGAGUGCCACAGGCAAGCGCAGAGAGCCGGCCUCGAUGGCACAUUCCGCGCAUUUAUUUCAUCCAGAGUUCAAACAGUGGACUCCAUAGUGAGUUGGGUGGACCGGGAGAUCCCAAUAGUGAAUAUAAAAGGAGAUGUGCUCUUCAAUUCCUGGAGCGAGAUGUUCGACGGGUCUGGCGCGUUGUUUUCUCACGCGCCGAGGAUAUAUAGUUUUAGUGGGAAGAACGUACUUACAGAUAAUAUUUGGGCUACUAAAGCAGUAUGGCACGGUGCAAGCCCCGGUGGUGAGCCAGCAAUGGACGCGUUCUGCGAUGCUUGGCACACCAGCAAUCCAGAGAAGUUCGGUCUUGCAUCCUCUCUUAGAUCUAAUAAACUUUUAGACCAAGAGACAUAUCCUUGCAGUGCAAAACUAAUCGUACUUUGCGUGGAAGCAGCACCAGUAGAUACUGUGAGAAGAAAAAAGCGAUCCAAGUACCGCGCAGACAAAUUACAUUUCCUGAAAGACAUCGAAGAGCGAAACGAAACUAGAGAUGUAUUAUAGAUGUUGAAUUUUUAUUUGUUAAGUAAUCAAUUACCUUUGCAAUAAAAGACUGCGUUAAGAAUGGCAUCCGAGUAGUUAUCGUUAUUAUUUCUUGAUUAUAUUUAAUUUGAUGAGAGAAUCUGUAAAUGGUAGUAGUUUUUGUUUCUUGUUAAAAUAUUAUACAUAAUAAAAUCGUUUAUAGUUAAAAUAAAAAUAGUCUCGUAUUAUUAGAAUAGAUAUCGUAUACGUUUAAAUCGCUAUAAUCGCUGUUAUUAAGCGCUAUUUAUCACGAAUUAUUGGCGCUUCAUUGUAAUAUCUAAAGGCGUGAAAGAAUUUAACAACUACGCUGAUCGUAUAGUGAGUGUUCUUAUCAAGUUGACUAAACGUUCCUCUUUAUUUUAGAAAUGGUAUUUAAAUAUUAAUAUUUUGAUAUUUAAAUGCUAUUUUUGUAUUUUACACUAAAAAAAUAUAUCACGUAUCCUAUAAAAUAUUCAAGUAAAAACGGAAUAUGUUCCAUUGACACGGAUGCCAUUCGUUUCACAAUCUUUAAUCACAACGGUAAUAAAUGAAAAUUGUGAAGACUGUAAAUAUUUUAUAAAUGUAGGCGAUAUCUGACAAACCCGGUGGAGCAUAUCGACAAUACAAAGCGCUCUUUUAUUUAUUACUGCGAUCUCCGACUGCGAUUUUUAAGCGACUUUAACUUUAAUGUUUUAUUGUUGUUCAAUAUUGGAUACGUUAAAUGUACGAAGAGUUUACUGAAUACACGCUAAUGGGGUUGCUAUUAUUGCAAUUUGUUGUGUUUUUACAAAUAUGAACAGAAUUUGUUUUGAUUUGUAUUUUCGCUGUUUUAAUGACUCUGCAAUUAAAUCGCAAAGCCUGAUAAGGUAUAUCUCAUUCAUAUCAAACAACGAGCAUAUAAUAUAAUUUUAGAAUAAUUUCAUAUGUGAUGUGUGUAUUAGAUACACAGUCAUAUUGAGAUAACAAUCGUUUUUAUACAAUAACUUCAGUCACAACCCCGCUGUGACCCCUCGUUAUUACUAAAAACUUGGCCUAAUUUACACAAAUUUAGUAAACCAUUAUCAACGCGAACUAUACUUUAAAACGUUGUUCAACGUUCACCUAGAUUUAUGUGAAAAAGCUAGAUCUUUCAACGACUAAUUAAUUUCAAGAAACUAGCAUUUACUUGGAAGUUUUAAACGUAUAGCUCCAGCUUUUGGGUAAGUUUAACGUUUUGUUUUGUCCCCGAGGACUUGUGUAGGAACUGCUUCAAAUGAAUGUUCUUACAAAUAAAAUACAACGAUAUUUAAUGAAACAAAUCGCUGUGUUGGAACUUUACGUUGAUUUGUAUUGUUUCUCAUGCAAGACUUCCCUCUUAGCGGUUUGUUUGAUUAUGGCUUUAUGCGUUUGUUGUUUUUUUUUAUCAUACCGGUAUUAUUUAUCAUAAUAAUGUGAAAUUACCUGGUAAUUUUUUUAUUUACUACUGAACGAUUAUUAGAAUUGUUCAAAGUCAAAAAUUCUGUUUGUAUCUAGCUCAAUUCUGUGAUGAUUUAAUAUACUUUCUUAAAUACAUUGUUUGCUGUUUCUUGUGAGAAAUUGUUUAUUAAUAAUUCAUUUAAAAACUGCCCCAACAGCAAUUUUAAAUUGCCACAUUAAGAGACGAAACAAAACAAUUUACGAAAACAAACAAAAAUGUACAAGUGGAAUUGUUGUAUAAACUGCUGACCUAUAUUUAAUAUUUGCCGAUUUCAUAAUUUUACUGUAAAUACAAUGAAUGCCGAUACAAUUACUGAACGAGAAAAUCUGUAGUCGGAAACCGUACACCAUUUAAAUCGUAAAAAAUCAUUGUAAAUAGCUCGCUUAAAAAUCCAUCUUUGUAGAUUGUAAAUCGUCUGAAAUAUCACUGCGGCAUUUUGAAACUUAUAAAGGUGUUUUUAGAUACUACAAUUGAAUGUAUAAAAUAACACAACAUGUAUAUACAUCAAUAUUUUUCUAAAUCACCACAGCACAUGUUUGUAAAUUAUACAACUCGAAAGCAUCUUUAUAAGGUUGAUAAUGAUGAUUUUUAUAGUAUGAUAUUGUAGAUAGUUCAUUGAUGCAUUAAAAGUGACUUGGAAAGUUCGUGGUGUUAUUAAUUUUCUGAUAGUUUCGUAUUCAAAUGGUAAUUUGUUCUAAUGAUUCACCUUUCCAACUCAUUUUUUAUGUAAAAUGCUUUGGGAUAAUUGCGAGCAUUGGAUAAAUUCAAAACAGUAACUUUUUAUUUAGACUGUUCUUUUUCAGUACUUAUAUUUUUAAUGAUAAUAAUGUAUUAUAUUGCAUACUUGUUCUAAUUAUAAAUUAAAUUAUACCACGUCGGUUAUCCCAAUGUUGCAAUCAUGAAAAAUGUUCAUGUAAAUAUUAAACUAGCGUAUCGCAUUACAAUGUUACUACCUUUUCCCAAUAAACAUUGGUUAUACUUUAUAUCAAUAUAAAAAAAUACGGAAAAUGGCAUGAGAUUGAUUCCAAUUCAGAAUUUUCUUUAAGAUGUUUUCUAAUAAUUUUAUCACAUAGCCGUAAAUGCUCAUUCAGUUUCAUAUCUGUGAUACGUUUGGUAAAUUACAAAUAUUCCUGUUGGCGAUCCUUCACAAAUUAUUAUGUGUUUACUUUUAAUAAUACGGUGUUAUUAUUCCAGUGAUUUUUAUUAUAAGGACGCUAGAAGUUUAUUGUACCUAU